AUGAUUCCCAUAUGCCCGGUAGUCUCUUUCACCUAUGGUGAGUAACGGCCGCUUUGGCGAGCCGGUCGGAGGGCGGAAAGGAGGGGCGGCGGCAAUGCGUCCUCUCGCCUCAGGUGUGCUGGUUUUUGACAAGGCCCCUCUCUCUUUCUCUCUCUCCCCUCCAUGUCGCUGCUGCAGUGCCCAGCCGGCUGGGGGAAGAUGCCAAAAUGGCCACCGGCAACUACUUCGGGUUCACCCACACCGGGGCUGCUGCCCAGUACAGGUAAAGAGAAGGCGGGCGGGCGGGGGGGGAGGUGUUUCCCCGGCCCCCCUUCUUUCCUGGCGCAGCGGAGACCUUGGAGAGGAGAUGCGCGCAAACGCCGGCGCAUGUGCAUGCUCGUGCGGAGGUGUUGAUGCGUGUUGUGUGCGGCGACGGGGGGCGGAGCCGGCGUCGUCAGGCCUGCUUCGGGUCGUGCAUUGGAAUAAGGGCUCCCCGUCCUGCCGUAGGGCUGGAUCCGCCUCCUCCUCCUCCCCUCCAGCCUGGUGAUUCUGCCGCCGCCUCUCCUCUCCGCCCUUCCAGCCCCGUCCUGCGCAUGCUAAUGAAGAAGACUCUGGUAGCGAGAGCUGUACGGCAAUGGAACAGACUCUGCUGGAAGGAUUCAUUCGCUUUCCUUGGAGGCUCUUAAGCAGAGGUUGGAGCAUAGCUGUCAACUUUUCCCUUUUCUUGCGAGGAAUCCUAUUCGGAAUAAGGGAAUUUCCCUUAAAGAAAGGGAAACGUUGGCAGCUAUGGGUUGGAGGGCCAUCUGUCGUGGAUCAUCUAAUUGAGGUUCCUGCAGGGGGUCGGACUAGAUGACCCUUGGUAUCCCUUGCAGCUCUACAAUUCUAUAUUUAGGUAUCCCCAGAUUGUUCAGUGAGACUUGCUUUCCAGCAAACAGGCACAGGGUUGCAGCUUUAAACGCGUUCUAUUUCUUUCAGUUCUGCAUCCACACUCCUUCCCUUAGUCUCCCCAGCCAGGCCUUGGAAAACCUGUAUUUUCCAACUAUAUUUCUCCCACUACAUACUGACUUUUGUGUUCUGUAUGCAUUCAGUAUCCUCCCUUAAAUGUUUGACUUCCAAAACCUAUUGCAGAGUUCUGUGAUAUCUUAGACGAUUUUUUAAUAUUCAAAAUAAAUAAGGUAAAGUAUAAAAUAUAGGCAGGCUGUAAGGACUGAUGGCUUAUCAUCCAGGGCUUUGGCUCCUAAAAUAAGUUAAGGAAGUUCAUGGAAGAAGAGGUUCCUGUUCCCGCCUCUCCAAAGCCUCUAAGGGUAGCUUCAGAAAUAAAGAGGGCUUAGGAAACUUUCAUUCCUGGAACUUCCUGAAUGAAUGUUAGAAUCCAACCCCAGCUGAAUAUUUGUGCCCUGCUGCAAAAAAAAUGGACGUUUGUUAUUAUUUAUUAAAUUUCUAUGCCACCCUCCAUCCAAAGAUCAUAGGGUGGUUUAUAGUAUAAGGUUUACAAAGGCAAAGGCUAUAGUCUGACCUACUCAUUAUUAAGAACUGACAGUGUUUCCUUUAGGCCCCCUCAGUGCAGACUUUGAGAAUUCAUGGCUCGUGUGAUUCAGAGCAGCUUUCCCAUAGUAUAUUAUGUGCCUCAUGUAUUUUACAUUUUUGUAAAAUAUGUAUGUUGCUUUGUGAUGACUUGGCUCUAAAAACUAUAAAUACGUACACUAUUUUGGGGGAACUCUUAAACUAAAUGUUCAGUAUGGUGUGGUUGUGCAAUUUUUCAUAAUUUCGGGAACAGGUGUUACCAAAUGAAACUUGAAAUGGAAUGAUUUUGAAAGAGAUGAUAAAUUUCAUAACUUCUUAAUUACAUAACUUCAAAAUAGCAUGCACAUACAGUUCCUCACUUAGCUGAAAUUAUCCCCAGUGAAAGGAACAUUUAUUGCAUCUGAAAGACAGUCUGUCUCCUCUUUAAGAAUUGGGCCAUUUUGUUAAAUCGUUUUGUUUACUGUGGAAAUACCUCCAAUUUAAAAUAAUUUGUAUUUUUGUCAGAUUUUGGCAUAGUGAAGAUAACUGUAAUGACAGCACUACUUUAUAUAUAAGUUUACUUCACCAACUUUGUGAUCUCUUGUAUAAUUAGUAUGUCUUAGAGGUAAACCUUGAACUUGAAAACUUGUCAAUUGAUGGCAAUUGUUUAAUCCAGGCACCCCCAACCUGCGGCCCUCCAGAUGUUUUGGCCUACAACUCCCAUGAUCCCUAGCUAACAGGACCAGUGGUCAGGGAUGAUGGGAAUUGUAGUAGAAAACAUCUGGAGGGCCAAAGGUUGGGGAUGCCUGGUCUAAUCAUUUUCUUGCUUCAAAUAUCCACAUAAAAUGCUUUUAUUGUUUCAGGCUUAUUUACAGCUGCUAGGUCAUAUGUGAAAUGAAAUUGCUACACCUCUUAGGUUUUAACAAUUGGAACAGUAUUUUAUUAACUUAAAUCAGUUGCUUAUUUCAUGGUAAACACUUGCAUAUUUCAUGGCACUCCGUCUUAAAAGUUUAUAUUCCUGAAAUAAGCAGAGGCUGAGAUCCAAAGAACUGCAUGUGCAAAGCUAUUCAAAUCUGGGGAGAGGGCUAAAGAUGCUUCCUCCUUGUGAAGUGGUUUCCUGAAAUUAGAAUGGCUUUUGGAAAUGGGGAAAUGUGCAACUGCAUGUAUUCUGCAUGGUGCUUGAGAUCUUGUUCAUAUUGUUGGAAAUAACAUUUUUGAAAGGUAUGUAGCCAACCUUCAGUUUAUUUCUCUGGAUUCGGCGUUUUGCAUAGUACAGCAGAAAAAUACUUUACAGACUUCUCCAUUAUUUGGUCUUGAGUCUUAAUAAUAAUGCAUGGGUAUGCUGUUCCCUGUGUAAGAUUUCUAACUUGAUGGAAUUCUCUCUAGCCACAGUGUAACAGUUGUACUUGCAGACUUGACAAAUCUUCCUUUCCAGUGUUCCAUUUGAAGAAGUACAACUCUGAAUUGUCGAAAGCCCAAAUAGAUUUUCCAGUUCUGUAAUUACUGGAAAUAAUAUUGUUUCCACUUCUUAGAAAUUCCCUGCUCAUUUCUUGCAUUUUGUUGUCUCUAUAGCAGGGGUUGGCAACCUAAGGCCCAUGGGCCACAAGUGGCCCACGGGGGUUAUUUAACCGGCCCCCGAGCUGAGCCGCCCACUUGGUGAGUCCCCGCGCGCUGCGCUAAACCAGCACAGCACAGGGACUUGCUUCCGCGGUGCCAGAAAUCGCGUCUGCGCAGAUGCCCUAUAGCCUAUGGAUAACACUUAGUGCCUCAUACAAAACUUAUUUAGGUGGCAUAUAUAACAAAAAGCCAUCCUCACCUUUAACAAUAAAACAACAAUAUGGAAUGUACUUUAUAUUUAUUUAUAUAUUGUCCGCUCAAAUAAAAUAGCAAGUCAGUGCGCAAUAUACUGGUAUACGUGAAUACAAUAAAACAUAAUAUACUGUAAAAACAAUACAAAAUUAUCUCAAUAAUGAUUAAUACAAGAACCCUGAACCUGGACCUAUGGCAUACAAGCAGCUGGUGUAGAACUUUUUAUAGCAAGGCUGUCGCAUGCUGUUGGCUGUCCUCCUCCAUCAGCAUUAUUGCCAUUCCAUUCUGCUCCAGGUUAAGUUUCUGGACCAUGGCCAUGGGAAGCCCCAUGUAGAGCAUAUUAUAGUAAUCCAGUCUCAAGGUUAGCAGGGCAUGUACAACAGUGGCCAGGUUAUCUUGACCCCAAGAUGACUGUAAUGGCAUGCCAAAUAAAACUGGUGAAAGGCACUCCCAGCCUGAUCAAGUUAGGAGAAGCAUUUCAUGAGGAUAUUGAGGUCCUGAGCUGUAUAGGGCUUUGUAGAUUAAAUCUUUGAAUGACUGAUACAUUUUAAAAUAAAUCCUAUCUGUUAGGACUUUCUUUUUAUUCAUUGGCAAAAUAAAAAAUCUGGGCUGUUAUAUUUCUUAUCCAGAUUUUACUAUAUGUCCAACAAACUCUGUAUUUUAUGUAAAAAAACAUUACUUUUUAUUUGAAACUCUGAAGGAAUAUAAAAUUACUUAUUUUUCUUAUAAGAGAUCUUAACUUCACAAUUGAUUGGAAUACUUCUGUGGAAGAGCUUCAAAUACAGCAAAGAUACAACAAAGUUUUAGGUAGAGGAUGGAAUUACUCCAUAUGCAGAAAUAGUGAUUAGAACAGAACAGUUGUCUCCAUUCUGUCAAAACUUCUCUAGAGUUUAGGCAUGCUUUAAUACAGCUAUAAAGAAGAGCAUCAUAAAUUAUUUUACGAACUAUGAAUUACCAUGGUAUUAUAGUGAUACAACAUGUUUCUAUGACAGUGAUAGCUUAUUGCUAAUAAAAAUGACAGAACUACUGAUUCCCAUUAGAAAGGGGGGGACACACAACUUCCUAGGUAUGAUCACAGAUGAAAAGAAUCUCUAAAAAUGUUGAUUCAGUACUAAAUUAUGUAUGUGUGGGGGGAUUAGUAGAAGAAUGGAGUCAACAAGGAACAGGCUAUGCAUAGAUCAGUUGUCAUGAGAAAUUAUUCAGACCAAAGAGAAGGGAAGAAUUGGCGUUUGAGACACUAUUUUAACUCUCUCCUUUUCACACAGUUUCUGCUUAAAGGGGAUUAGCAGAAGUUACUAGUUCUUGCCAAUGUGCCUCAGAAUACAAGGUUGAGGGAGGCUUCUCUACCCAGGAGUUAGGAGGUCAAAUCCUACAAUUUGUAAAAUCUUGCAAACUCGAUCACUGGCUCUGCGGGUUGUGGCAGACGCAAGGGGAACAGGUUUGCUAAAGUAAAUGUGGUAACAGAACUAUACCAGCCUUAGAAUGAAUAAUGUUAAGGCUGUUCAUUCUGUGCCAUAACAAAAUACAUUUUCUUCACAUGAAACAUUUCAAAUAUUUCUAAAUGGUAUAUAUACUUUUGAUUUGCUGCUUCAUCAUUAUAAUGAAUGACAUUUCACUGCCUUUCUUCUCAAAAUAAUGAAAACGUUGGCUUCACUUUCCUAACAUCACUUUUUAAGCAUUCUAUGAGCCUACUUUUGUUUUGCAUUAUAUUUAAGCAUAAAUAUAAUUAUGUUGCUACUUGAAGCAUUUCUUCAAAGAUGGCAUUUUCAAAAGAACUUUCCUCUUGGGGUAUUUUCUUGGACAAUUCUUGCAAGAUAGGAGUUGUCAUUGGAGGUUGCUAGAAUGAUUGUUUCAUGAAGGGUAUGUUGCUUAUUAUUAUUUUCUUCUUACUUUCUCUGUAGAUUCAGCUGAAUCUUCCUUUUUUUCUAAUUAUACUAUCAUAUCAUAUAUACACUUAUACCAGUUUGUUUUUGAAUGUUUGAGGUUAUGUAGUCGCAAUUGCUCCACACAUGCAUGAGGAAGGAGUAACCAAACACAUGUCUCUGAUUAACCCCAAAACUACAAAAAAGGACCCCUUCCCCCAAACAGCCUAUUUAAAUGUCAUCAGAAUAGAAGUAAGAGCUGCCUCUAGAAAUCAGUGGAGAAAAACAGUUUUUUAACGUAGCUGGCUUUGACACUAGAGUACUCACCCCAUUCUGCCCCUCACCCCUGAACAGCCCAAUUAAAAUAAGAUGUUCGGUGGACCCAGGAUGCUGGAUAAUGGGAUGGUCAGAAAUGUGAGUGGGAAGGAAUUGAACUGCACUCAACAUUGCUAUGCUUGUAAUACAAAAUAGUGCACCUAAAAUUACUAAUUGCUAUACAAGAAUGAAAAUGGUCCCUGCCUGCAAGUUGACGAUACACUGCCUUAAUGUGGCCUGUUACGAAAUUCCUAGCCUUCUAUCCUGGGAUUCAGCUCCUGCCACAUGUUCUUUUCACCCUGUCAAAGAGCUGUUUGUCAGGCUGCAGGGAACCCAGUUUACAAGGAUAAGAAGAUGCACAGGGAUGACUCCCAGUGGGUCUGUCUUCACUUGCGGUUGUUCUUCCCACAGCAUGCUAAACAGCUGUUCGAUGGGCUUGGGGGUGGAGGAAGCAUGAUUUUCAGUGCCAGUCGGCUGGGGAGCAUGAGAAACACAUGACAGAAUCUCUUUCCAUCAUGUAUCAUCCCUCCUCACCCUCUAUCUGUGUGCGGGGGAGGGUUAAUUUGUACAUGGCCCUCAACCAAAUGUGGCCCACACAGUUAUCAAGGUUGCUUACCAGUGAUCUAAAUGUUUAUAAUCACAUGAAUAUGGUGCUUACAUGACUUUUCUUUGUAUGUGUUAGUGUGGGAGAUGAAAACACUUUCCCACGCAGGAAAUUAGCUGCAAAUACAUUUUCAGGUGUGCUUUUUUUGAGGCUUUCCAUUUCCUGGGAGCAUUCUAGGAAUCUAUAUCUGACUCUGUUUCUUUGGUUCUAUUGCACUGCAGAGUGUUUGGAAGCAUUUACUCUACAGUAGUUGUUUUAUAUGGAGAUGUGAAAUCGUACUUUUCUUAGAUGCAGUAUAGCUAUAAAACCAAUUACCUGACUCUGAUCUAUACAUAUUUUUAAAGCAGGUGUGGGUAAGCAUUUCUAGCCAGUAUCUCCCUACCUGUCAAAUCAACUGAUGUCACAUUGUCAUUAGGUUAUACUGGUUUGAAGCCCUGGUUUUAGGACUUUAAAGCACAGUGUGGGCAAUUUGAAAGCCCUUUUGCAAACAGCCCUCUCUAAACUUUCAAAUAUCAGGGGUUCAGAGAGCACUGUAAGGUUGCUUGCAAAAGGAUUUCAAACGUGUGGCUUGCCCAAAAAUACAUCGGAACCAAAUGGGGAGCCCUGGUAGGGCAGGUUUGGCCUGUGGGUUGGAGGUUCUCCACUUCUGGUUUAUGUAAGUUUGUUUUACAUCAAAAAAUAUCCUCUCAAAAUUAUAUUUUGUUAAAAAUGGUUCAUUGGUUAAGGAUGCAAUCCUGUGCACUUUCCUGGCAAUGAACUCCCGGUGAGAUUUACAUCUGAUGAGUAUACAUGCAUAGGAUUGUACUCUAAAUUAUUUUGCUUUUGAGUAGCAUUAAUGUUCAGUGCCGAUUUCGCUAACCUUGUGAAGUUUGCCUCAUGUUUGCGCAACUGAGCUUUUCCAAGACCAUAAAAGUGAAAGGCCCCAUUGAAAGGUUUUGAGAAAUGGGAAUUCCAUGACUUAUUUAAACUCCUGAUCACUGUGCUUGUGUUUCAGACUUAGUUUAGCCUUUUUUAAGCUCCCCUUAAAUUUGGACAAUUUAAGCAGCUUUGCUGUUAGGUGUCUGACAUUACAACAUCAUCAUAUUUCUUGUGUUUGUCUUUCUAUUACAGCCAGCAGCCAGCUUCAGGUGUAGCCUAUUCCCAUCCAACUACAGUUGCAAGCUACACUGUCCAUCAGGCUCCUGUAGCUGCACACACAGUUACUGCUGCCUAUGCCCCAGCAGCAGCAACGGUUGCAGUUGCAAGGCCUGCUCCAGUGGCCGUUGCAGCUGCUGCAACAGCGGCAGCCUAUGGAGGUUACCCAACGGCACAUACAGCAACAGACUAUGGUUAUACACAGAGACAGCAAGAAGCUCCUCCGCCGCCACCUCCAGUCACUACACAAAAUUACCAGGUACUUAAUGGAUAGACCAUAAUACUUGUGAAAUUGAGUCUUUCACCUUUUAAAACAUUAUGGGCGAUAGAAUAUGUUAAAUAUAGAGUAAGAAUGUGCAUGUAUAACUCUUAUGUAGUUUAGGCCAGUAAUUCACAGAACAGACCCUGAGUGAGUAGCGGUGAAAUGUAAUAGGGUAGCAGAUCCACCGCCACAUCUUCAGCCCUGUCACUGAUGCUGGCAGAGGGCAUGGGGACAGGCAAAUCGCUGUGCCAGCCUGAAGUUGGUGUACUGAUCAAGCACAAAUCAAGUCCAGUGACAACAGUGGGACUGGGUUAAGAUCCAGCACAUCCUGGACUGGCUCAGCUCCAUCUGCCCCUGGGAUAGCCUCUUGGGGGACUUCCUGUGCUACUGCUGUUGUAGAUGCCUUCAGUGGUACUUCCAUGCACCCAUAUGUUUGGUAAGACAGUACAGAAAUCUUUUUUUUUCCUUUAGCUUGAUCAUCGCAUAGUCAAAUAUAUUUUUAAAAACCUGAGGAUAGCACUAUAACACCUAGGGGAAGAAAUAUGUUAAACAUUACUUAAUGUGGAAAGUAACAAUAAUUAUUAGCCACUGAACAUUCCUAGCAAAUUAUUAACUGUAGCAUAACCACCUCAUCAGCAUGCUGCAGAACUAUUAAUUAUUUAGCACUGUACAUGCCUGCAGGCUACAACAUAUGUGAGAUAUUAGUAGAUUAUUAUACACAACCUGAGAUAAAAGGCAAUUGUAAGUUACUUUAUUUUUGGUAUUUGAACAUUGCUGUAUUUGUUGUAUCUGCAUAUGGUUAUGUCUGGAAAAAUGUGCAGCUAUGAGAACAAUGUCAAUCGUUUAAUGUCAUUUAUUGUACAAGGGAAAGGAAGUGUAUGUAUGUUAAAGCAAUACUGUAAGAUUAUUUUUUUUAACCCUUUUCCAAAAGUGAGGAUUACAAUUUUUUUAAAAAAAUAAACCAAGGAUUUCUCAAAAUUAAACCAUAUGAUGAGGGCAGUGGAUAUCAACUGCAAAUCCUUUUUUGAAUUCCAGUGCUGAGCCAUACCAUAGAACGUAUAAAAUAGGAGUGCCUUUGAGUAGGCAUAGAGUACCUUUUCCAAAUCAUUGAGUAAUGACGGAGGCUUGAGCCCACAAGUUUAUUUAACUGAAUACCACCCUGAGGUCUCAGUAUCACCAUUCCUGCAACAGAGUGUAUGAAGUCAACUGUGUGGAAAUAUGUAUGGCUGUGUUAGCAAACAUUUUCAUUUCACAGUGGAGCACAAAAUAGUGUCUAUUUGAAGACUGAAAACCCUUCUUAAUGUAGAGCAGGAGCAGAGAAUCAUUUUGUCCCAGUGGGCCAGAUUUGUUUUCUGUCCACACCCCUGCAGGCCAAAUUUGACCCUUCAAUCACCAAAUGGAAUUAUGCUGUCAGAUGAUGGACAGGUGGCUUUGUGCAGUGCUUUCUAAGCACAUGAUAGCCAGCUGGUUGCCAGGUGCUUGGGACCUGCAGCCCCAGCACCAAGUAUAGGGCUGCCAAAACUGCUUUCUGCAGGGGUCAGCUGUGUGCGUGAAUCCCCCAAAGAGAGCUCAGUUUCACAACAAUAUCUACCUGCUCCACACCUGAUGUCACAUAUGGCACCUGGUAUGGGGAAGGUCGGUGCGGUCUGGGGAAAACUUUUUAUGAGAUAAAUUUGGCUUGUAACACUGGAGGUUCUCCAGCCUAAUGUAGAGGUUUGUGCUUGGUGUCUUGUGGGUAAAGUAAUGGUGAUAUAGCAUUUUAAAAAAACGUAGGGGGAAAGGCUUAACAGGACAUGAACAUUUGGUUCUUUAAUGCAAGAUGUCUAGUACUAGCUUCAUUUAAUCUAGCAAUCUUGGGAGGCAAAAAAUACAUAGUUUGAUCCUCAAAAAUGUAGCUUAUCAAUUCUGUUGAAUGUUUCUACUAUUUUAAAGUCUGAUUAAUUAGAAUAAUCAAAAUAAUUCAGUAAUAGUCCAUAUAUUUAAUGGAAAAACUAAUGUCCAUGUGUUUCUCCCCCCCUUCCCAUGCUUCUUAAGGACACCUAUUCAUAUGUUAGAUCUACUGCCCCAGCUGUAGCUUAUGACAGCAAGCAAUACUAUCAACAACCCACAGCCACUGCAGCUGCAGUGGCAGCUGCUGCCCAGCCACAGCCUUCUGUGGCUGAAUCGUAUUACCAAACAGGUGAGUUGCAAGUUUUAAAGAGAACUCCAGCUUUUUUGUUGUGAUAUAGUUCACAAAUGUGUUGCCAUCUGCAGAUGCUCAGAAUCUAGUAAAUAAAAGUUUGUUAGUAGCUUGGUUUUCAAUGGUUAACUGUUUGGUGGUUGACUUAGUGUUUGUAAAGCAGUUAGGGCCCAGAUGUGCGAAUCUUAACAAUUGUCUAGCUUGAAUAAAUGCUUUAUUCAAAGAAGGAUUCUAACACGACUGCAUCACAGAGUGCAUGCCAUGUUUUAUCUUCUUAGGACUUGGAGGGUCUGUUUGCUAGGUAAAACAUCUGGCCAUUCUGAACUUUUAAGUCAUUGGAGAACAACCUUUUUUGUGACUGCCACAAAUAAGGUCCAAAGCUUUUGAGAGUGUCACUCUAAUGUAUGCUUCUGUGCAUAUGUAGUCUCAUGUGCCUUGGUGCUGUUUUACAACUAGUCUAUUCAGAUGGGGAGCAAAUGGCUAUGUGUGAAGGAAAUGGGAAAGGAGCAGAGUCAGAUGCUUUAAAUUGUUGCAGAGUAAUGGGGGGGUUAAUUGCUUUUAACUAGAGAGUUUUUUGGUAUAACUCAAAUUAGUUUAUUUUCUGGACAUAUCUGUAUGGUGCGUUUUAUAUUGGAGCCCCAUCCUAACUGGGAGCUAAUCACCUCUUUUCAUUAAACCAGAUGUCGGUGGGAAUUUUUUUUCAUAUAAAUAAGUCUUGUGGCUGCACCAAGUUCAUAUUGGUGGAUAAAAUAUCAGAUAGGAAUGUGGAAUAAGCAUACAUUGCAAUUAGUUUUUUUAUCACUGUUUUCGGUUUAUGUGCGUUCAAAGAAUGUGGAGGUAAACGUGUUAGUUUAAGCGUUGCACUGAAAGUAAAAGCACAAGCUUUAAGAAACGGUUCCAAUCCCAUUAGUAUAGGGAUAUUUUUAUAAUAGAAGUUCCAAGUGCAGAGCUUAAAGUGUAGGGUGAGAUUUAUUCCCAUAUUGUCUGCCUUAUUGAAUAAUAAGAUAAAGUGAAAAAUUAAAUGCAAUUGAUUUUUAAAUUAUAAUUGUUUACAUGAUUAUUGAAAUAUACAUGUAAAUAUGUGCUUUGUUUUAAUUAGCUCCAAAAGCCGGCUAUAGCCAAGGAGCAACUCAGUAUACUCAAGCCCAGCAAACUCGUCAAGUGACAGCCAUAAAACCAGCCACUCCAAGCCCAGCUACUACUACUUUCUCCAUAUAUCCUGUAUCUUCCACUGUGCAACCAGUUGCAGCAGCAGCUACCGUUGUUCCCUCGUAUACCCAAAGUGCUACAUAUAGUACAACAGCAGUUACUUAUUCUGGUGAGUAUUGCUUGAAGAAGGGAUAUUGGAGGCUAGAAAUGACUAUUUAGAUGCCUUUGUAAGAUCAAAGGUACAAAUGCUGUGCUGAACAUGUCUAGAUUUUUCAAAGACAGGUUCUGUACUCAAAUUACUUCUUGGGAACUUUUGCUUUAUCAAAUGUGCUGAUUGUGUGCAGGUUUACUCAGAAGUAAGUCAACUAUGGCCAGUUGGACUUACUCUAAGGUAAUGGUAUGAUUACAAAUUCAGACUCUUUAGGACAGGUGAAAAAGAGUCUUGAUGGCAGACUGUUGGUGUAGAGCAGGUAUCAUCAACCUUUUCAGGCACGAGGUGAUGCCUUACAGAUCUAUGUUGGACUGAUUGUACAGGUUUGCUGUAUGUUUGUGGAUGUUGGCAUUGCUCCACUAGAAAAAAAAUUGCUUUUUUAACUUGAAAUAAACUCCUCUUUUCUGGCUGUGUAGCAUUGCUUGGAUGUACAGAUUGAGAAUAUUGGUUUUACUUUUAAGUACAAGUUUUGUGCAUCUAUGUUAAUGCUGAAAUUCUCCUUAAUUAAGGGAUACUCUCGUGUGCACUGUGCAUUUAAUUACAUUUAGAUUUUCAGACUUUAAUGUUAAUGUGCUUACAACUUACAACUUUUUUUGAUCAUUUAAAGGUACAUCGUAUUCUGGCUAUGAGGCUGCAGUAUAUUCAGCUGCAUCAUCUUACUAUCAACAGCAGCAGCAGCAACAGAAACAGGCGGCGGCGGCAGCUGCUGCUGCUGCUGCGACAGCCGCCUGGACAGGGACCACCUUCACUAAAAAGGCACCAUUCCAAAAUAAACAGUUGAAACCAAAACAGCCUCCCAAACCACCCCAGAUCCACUAUUGUGAUGUUUGUAAGAUCAGCUGUGCUGGACCACAGGUAUUGCUGCUUUCUGAUUAUGAACUUAAUUGCUUCGUAAAAUGAAACAAUUAGUAUAUGCCAAAUAUUCAGGGUCAAUAAGUUUUUCGCUUCAGGGUUAUUUCAGUUUAAAAUAUUCCAAUUGCACUUUGGUUUUCGAAUGUUUUGGAAGUCAAACGGACUUCCGGAAUGUAUUCCAUUCAACUUCCAAGAUACGACUGUAUAAUUAUGUGGAGGAAAGUAUUUUCAGGAUACUUUUCAGCAGCAAAUCAACUUCAUGUUGGUUAUCUCUUGCACUUUGCUUUUCAACGAACAGAAUAAUAUGAUAAAUGAACUAAUGUGUCUUGUUAUUCAUGUGGUGAUUUAAACAGACUUACAAAGAACAUUUGGAGGGACAGAAACAUAAAAAGAAAGAAGCAGCAUUGAAAGCAUCACAGAACACAACCAGCAACAGUUCAUCUGCUCGUGGGACUCAGAACCAGCUGCGUUGUGAACUGUGUGAUGUGUCUUGCACAGGAGCUGAUGCUUAUGCUGCUCAUAUUCGUGGAGCGAAACAUCAAAAAGUAAGACUCUCCUUCCUCUGCCCUCCCAUUUCUCAGGUUUUAUACCCAGUUAGUGUCCCACCCUGGACAAAAUGAAUGGUCUGACAGGCAGGCAAAAUUCAUCACAUUUGAUAGUAGGCUGGGACUGCCCACCUUUCAGUUACCUGACACAGUAUGCCUUUAGGUAAUUCAGCCUCAAAUGAAUGAAUUGUGCUCUCAAUUUGCCCUUUAUAGCUAUGGCUUUAAUUCAAGCGAAGGCUUCAUUCAGCAGUAAACGUGAGCCCCCACCUUAGGCAGGGAUUGGUUGCACUUGGAGCUCCUGAAUUGAGCCUAUCAGAAUAAGGCUUGCAUUUGGAGCGAGGGAGAGAGAGAGAGAGGAGACAGAAUGAUAAGUCGCUCUGAUCUGAAUCACGGAGUUGGAAGGGACCUUGAGGAUCAACUGGUCAAACCUCCUGCAAUGCAGGAACCUACAGCUGUCCCCUACAGAGAUAAAAACCUGCAACCUUAGCAUUAUCAGCACCACUCUAACCAACUGAGCUACAACACAUUAAAAAAAUCUGCAAACACACAUCUCUACAUAGUGUCCCAUGUACUAGCUACCAACAUGAACACAAUCAGAUCUUUAUGCACUAGAGCCUCUUUUGGCUUCUCCGAAGGUGACAACAGAGGCAGUGUCAGAAUAGUGCCAAAUGUAAAAGGCACUGAAUGUUAGUACCUCUUGCAGAGGAACAGUUGGGAGUAUAUCAGUUGUGGGGCAGGUGUGGCUGGGGUGCAGUUUCAUGCAGUAUUUCAUGUGUGUAUUAGACUCCAUUAAGUUUCCGCUCAUGAAUUCUGCGAAUUCUUUUGAAGGUUCAUUGAAACUUAUACUUUCAUGCUCUUAGAAGUACAGACAAGAUUCUAAAUAGACGUUGAACAGUUUUGUAGAUUCUGCUAUUAACUUUCUUCAUUGGUGGUUCUAGGUGGUUAAGCUUCAUACUAAACUUGGCAAACCCAUUCCUUCAACCGAACCAAACGUCGUGACCCAGGCUACGUCUGCAACAUCUGCUUCCAAACCAACUGCUGUCUCUUCAAACAUUGCAACUAACAGCAGCACUGUGAAUUCUUCCGUUUCAUCUUUGGCAGUGAAAAUUCUUACUCCUUCCGCCAAUGUGCUACUUAGCACAACUUCCAACAACAAAGCAACAAUAGUUCCAGCUAAUGUUGCUGUAAAGAAAAUAUCCACACCCAAAAUUAACUUCGUUGGUAAGUACUGACGUAUUUUAGUGAGAACUUCAGCAAGAUACACUAAAUAAACUUAUGCAAGAACAGGUUUUAAAUGAGUGUCUGCUAUGAUUUUAACAACCACUGGAAAUUCUAAUUUUCUCUCAGUUUGGCUGCAUGAAGCCCAUCAAACCAAGCAUCUGUUUGCCGUUCUAAGCACUGUCUCUCUCAUGGCAAUGUUUGUCUCAUGCACACAAAUUGCUACUCAAAUGGUUUAGGAAAGUAUUAUAUCAACACUUCUCUACUCCAACACGCCUUUUAUUAGAAAUUACAAUACUGAACAUGGGGCUACCGUGGAACACAACUCCUAAUGUUGUAUGAACAAUGCAUUUUCAAUAGCUAUAGAGUUUUGUUUGGUCAAGGCUCAUGUCUUGCACCCAAUUAUCCUGUCCUCUUGAAUGCCCCAGGCCAUGCUGUCAUUAUUAAAACAAACCGUAUAGUUUAUUUGAACUUGUAUUUUAUUUAUUUAACUGUUUAUGUUACCUGUUCUUUGAGGAAAAUACUACAGUAUUGUGCUAUGGUUUGUUUGCUUGCUUGCUUGUUUAUUACUUACAGAAUAUCCAGGUUUUUAAGCAGUAGGCCAGCCUCCCCUUGGUUGUGGCAAGAAAUGUGACUCGAAAAUGUAAUGAAAAUUAAUAUUCACUUGUGAAAUGUUUCAUAUUAGGUGGUAACAAGCUACAGACAACAGGAAGCAAAGUGGAUGAAUUAAAAGCAGUAGAAAAUAUCAAAACUACUCCUUCUAUUGCUGCAGUGCAAACACAGGAAAUUAAGCCAGAUAUGUCUGCUGAAUCAGUAACAUCUACAGCUCUUGCUGCUUUGCAAAGUGAGGUCCAACCAGUGGGUCAUGACUAUGUCGAAGAGGUAUUCAUUCAAAAACUAUGUUCAUUAAAUGCAAUUAAUGUGUUAGAUUACUUUAUAUGGCUCAGAAGUGUGAAAUCACGCUGAUAAUUAAAUUAGCUUCAUGUCUCUGUGUGAGGUAACUACUUGGCUAUUUUGUCUAUGAAAGAAUUUGCAGUGGAGUACUAAUAGCAUUGUCCAUCCUUCCCUGAGCCUCAGAUGUUCUGAGGAAGGUCACUUGUGAGUGUCUCUGCCAUUUAAGGUCAGUAGCUAUUAAAUUAAAAACCUUUGUCUUCAGGUAAACUAGAGUGUGAAUACUGAGACUGUCUUAACACUUCUGAUCACUGAGGACGUGGAGUGUCCUUCAAAACUGACCGUUCAGAGUUCCAGCUCCAAAGGAACAGGUAGUGGGAUAUAUAGCAAGAUGGCAAUCAUUGGGACAUGUAGUAAGAUGGCUGUGUCUUGUAAAACAGGAAAGUGAUAUGGCAUAUUACAGGCAUGUCCAAAGUCCAUUUUGGAGGCCUAAUCCGUUCGAUUUAAUCCGGCCCCUGUGGCAGUAUAUGUCCUGGGGUAAAAUCCUAAAAAAAGCUCAUCAGGAAAGCCAUCAGGAAAGAAAAGGAGUUAAAUGACUCUGCUGGGAGCUUCACAGAUGGGGCAACAUUUGAGAACAUUGUAAAUUUAAUAGCUACUGACCUUAAAUGGCAGAGACACUCACAAGUGACCUUCCUCAGAACAUCUGAGGCUCAGGGCAGGAUAGAUGGACAUUCUUUCAGGAAUGCAGGUUGAGGGGGGCGUGUCUCAUAGGUCUGGCACAGGUUGAUUAGGCCUUUGAAACUCUUUUCCCCAGACCAUGGCCAGCUGCCACAUGGGUUACAUAUGUGACAGCAGAUGAGAGGCAGGUAAGGACAUGACUCCAAAGGAACAAUCAGGAGCUUAAAGUGAGGGGCAAAUCCACACCAUAAAUUCAAAGCAUCAAAUGCAUAUUUAAAGUACAUGACCUUUCCCCAAUAAAUCCUGGAAACUGGUUUGUUAUGGGUACUGGGAAUUCUGUCUCUGUAGAGGGGAAGUACAGUUCUCAGGAUUCUUUGGGAGAAGUCAUGUAGCUUAAGUUUGCAUUGUAUUUGCUUUAAAAGUACAGUGUUUAUUUGCCUUGAGUUCCCGAUUGUUCCUUUACAAGCAGGGCUUGCUGACAGCGAGUUCCACUAGGAAGUUUCCCAUCCGGGAUCUAGUUCUCCAACCUCAGUAUAGGGUUUUCAGGGCCAUAAUCAGCAUUUUGAAGUGAGCCUAGAAAUGCAUAGAUAACCCCUGUAGAUCUUCGAGGACAAGCGUUACGUGCAAGGUGUCGAUCUUUCAGGAUCAAUAUUCUGCACAGUUUGCUCAGUUCAAAAUUCUAGUCACUAUGCUCUGGACCAGGGGGUCAGCAACCUAAGGCCCAUAGGCCGGAAACGGCCCAUGGAGGUCGUUUGACCGGGCCAUGAGCCGCCCCCAAACUGAGCUGCUCGCGCGCUGCGCUAAAGCGGUGCGGGGAGUUGCUUCCGCAGCGCCAGAAAUCACGUCUGUGCAAACGCAGAUGCCGAAAAUUGCGGCACGUGCGCAAUCCAGCCUAUGAAGGGAUCUCCACGGGACUGAUCCGACUCAGGCAAGAUAAACCUUGCCGAACCUUUAUCUGGACUGUAGCUUCCAAACUGCCUUCAAAGGCAGCCCAAUUCAAAACACAUUAGUAGUUACUGUGCUUGCUCUGGUGUUUAGAAAAGAUUUUAACAGUGAAAGGACAUCUACAGAACGGUGUUUUGGAGUAAUAGAGUGUUCUUCAGCGAUUGAGAAUAGUGCCUCAGCAUAGUGUUCCAAAGUAGAACUAUUGCAAACUUGCUCCAGAAAAUUCCAAGGGGGGUUGGAGAGGCAAGUUACUGCUAUAUGAAAUAGUUCAGCGGCGCAGGAUAGAUCUAGAUUCUGAAAGAGGUGCUCACAUGGGUAGAAGUGCUCUAUUGGCUAUGGGAAACAAAAAGCUUUGCACUUGAUCUGGAACACAAUAAUUAACUUGGAAAAUGGGUAAUUCAACUUUGAUAUCAGACAGUAGCAAAAGUAAGAAUAGAUAUUUGGGUCAAAGGUUUGUUUGUUUGUUUUUUUAACCUAAUUGAAGUCUGCUAUGGCUGGUAAAUACAGGUUCUCUGUUGCCACUAUUGCAUAGAUCUUAUGCCAGAACAUGUCUUUGUGUGAAAAUUUUACAAAAAUUAGUUCAGUUUCUUUAUGAAACCAAAUUGUGUUAAAUAACCAUUUUUAUACUGAUUUUUCUUUAUUUUUAAGGUACGGAAUGAUGAAGGGAAGGUUAUUCGUUUCCAUUGCAAACUUUGUGAAUGCAGUUUUAAUGAUCCUAAUGCCAAGGAGAUGCAUUUAAAAGGAAGGCGGCAUAGAUUACAAUAUAAGGCAAGUUGACUGUAGAAGCGUAAAUGGUCUAGUUCUGACGGUCUCUUUCAGUAAAUUUGAUGGUGAUUGAGUUUUACUUGGUCUCUUCUAGGAUGAAACCUAAGCAGGUAGUACAUCUAUUUUGAGCACCAACUGUUCCCUCCCCCAGCUGAACUAUGGUAGCCAUAUAGUGUUUGUUCCACAUAUUAAGCUACUUAUAUGUAUUGCAAGUGAAAGUAUUGUAUGAGGAGGGAUAAUACUGUAGCUUACUGUUUGCUCCUCAUAAUGUUUUUUAAUAUGAAGGAUUGUGUCUCUGACUGAAUUGCAGUUUUUGCUUUGUCUUGGUGAAAAUAAUUGGAUCUGACCACAGAGAAUAAAUCUUACAAGAAAAUAAAAUUAAAAUCUUCCUUCUCUACAACAGAAAAAAGUAAACCCAGACUUGCAAGUAGAAGUGAAGCCGAGCAUCCGGGCAAGGAAGAUCCAGGAAGAAAAGAUGAGGAAGCAGAUGCAGAAAGAAGAAUAUUGGAGAAGACGUGAAGAGGAGGAACGGUGGAGAAUGGAAAUGAGGUAACAUGUAGACUUUAAUAGCGACCAGUGUACAUUUUGUAAACCUGAAUCAGUUUCCAUUCUAUGUAACUAUAUUCCUAUGAAUGCUUGCCUUGGAAAGCCUGGAUUAAUUUUACCUUUAAAUAAAUAAUUGAAAACAGGCAUAGAAAAUAUUUAUAAAGAGUAAGAAUGGCUUUUUAUGGGUGUAAACCAGAUCCUACUAUGAAUUCUGUAGCGAAUACAGAAUUAUUGAACCUGCAGCAUCCAAUAUCUUUUUUAACAUUUGAAGUUCCAAAAUUAAUUUUGGUGGGACCUGAAUUAUUGAACAUAUCGUCAAUAAAAGGUAUUUCUGCAUCAACUGAAAGCCUAUGUGAUUUAAUUCAUAUACUUAGACGCUAUGAGGAGGACAUGUACUGGAGGAGGAUGGAAGAAGAGCAGCAUCAUUGGGAUGACCGCCACAGAAUACCUGAUGGAGGAUAUCCUCAUGGACCUCCAGGACCUCUUGGACUACUUGGUGUUAGACCAGGAAUGCCACCACAGCCCCAGGGACCAGCUGUGAGUAAUGUUCGCAUUGUCUCUCUCCUCCUGAUGUACUUGGUGCCACAGACUGGGGGUGGGGGGAACCUAGUAAGUCAAUCAGGUCUGCAAAUUAUGCCUAGGCUUAGUAGCUAAGCAUUGGCUUCUGCUAACCAACUGUGAAAUCUAGAGCCAUCAUGAUGGCACCAUCAUAUUACAUGCAUUAUCAGGACACUUAUUCCACCAUCAGAUGUAAUCUGUAACAAAUAAUAGUAAACCUUGAAAGCCUUCCUUGGUCUGUAUCACCCUAUUUAUUUUCCAGAGCAGGGAGAGCCUUAGCCCUGGUGGGUGGUUUUGAUGCCAACCAAUUCUUCAUUUACAUUUUUUAAAGAUCUCAUUUUCUUUAUGUGAGCUCUUUUAAUGCACUUUGAGGCAGAAAACUUGAUAAUUUUAAUAAAAUAGCAAAGAACAAAAAGCAGGAAAACAUAAAAUGUAUCUGAUUUUUAAAAUCCACUUUCUGCAUUCAGCCUCUUCGGCGACCAGAUUCUUCAGAUGACCGUUACGUAAUGACCAAACAUGCUGCUAUCUAUCCAACUGAAGAGGAACUCCAGGCAGUACAGAAAAUAGUUUCUAUCACUGAGCGUGCACUGAAACUUGUAUCUGAUAAUAUGACUGACAAUGAAAAAAACAAGAGCAAGGAAGGAGAUGAUAAAAAAGAGGGCGGUAAAGACAGGUAUGUUUUAUUGCCAUAGUUGCUUGAAAUCAUUGUGCUAGGAGAGGGACUAAGACAAAAUGGAGCAUUUGCCCUACUUCAUGCCAACUUCUUAAACUUAUGCGCCCAGAAAUACUGGAUUCUGUUAUCAGAGUAAUGGAUCCCUAAUUUUUGCCAAUGAAAGUUGUUUGCUUAGCUGGCAUUCUCCAGAAGCAACUAGGAACUGCAUUUCUUCAACAGCAACUGCACUUUGUUCAUAUGAAAAAGUCCUUUAGCUGUGCAAUAGAUUCUUAGCAGCACUUCAGACUACUUUUCCUUGGCUGAGGCUUUAUCCUCUUGCUGAUGGUAGAGAAGGACUAGCCCAGAACUCCACCCAGUGUGAGAAAUACCAAACUUUUCAUUGCACCUCUUUGCUGUCUGGAUCUUUUUUUCAAAACUUUGUGCUUUCCGCAUAGAGUUAAAAUGUAAGCUAUGAUGUACGUAGAGAAUGACAGAAUGCACACCGCCCUCACGGGGGUCUAGGGUAGUGUGUUGCACAUGAAGGACUCUCCCUGCAUUGGACUUGUUUUCUUUGAGUGCUUUGGCCCUUGAAACCCCUUGCUUCUCACCAAGACUUCAUUUUUGCGCAGGGCUUUGAAAGGAGUCUUACGAGUGGGAGUGUUGGCUAAGGGUUUGCUGCUCCGAGGAGACCGAAAUGUCAACCUUGUCUUGCUGUGUGCUGAGAAACCUACUAAGACGUUGCUGAGUCGCAUUGCUGAAAAUCUGCCCAAGCAACUUGCCGUAUGUAUGGUCUUGAAAACAUUUGGCAUUUUUCACUGGGGCUCUGCCAGUCAAAUUUCCUCUAUGUCGUAAUUUACUUUGAAGUAGGUGAACUAGCAAUGAGCUAAUUUCUAAAUACAGGUAUAGGUGCUCAGCCUGCAAUGCAUAGCUGCACCGCCAUCCUGUAAUAGGAGUGCUUCUAUCCUCUUCACGGCUGUAGGCAGGCUGGAAUAAGAGCCUUGUAGUACUCCUUGAGGAUGGGGAAGAUGGAAAGAAAAGAACACUUCCCUUCCCAGUCUCCUUAAAACUCCACAUUGUGUUAUAUAGUGCUAAAGAACUCGUAGGAGAUUGGCUGCCAACCCCAAACAUGAGCAUUUUAUUGUUGUAUAGCAGGUGCAGGGACCUCAGGCCUGGGGGCUGAAGGAAGCCCUCCAGGCCUCUCUGGCUCUGAGGACUCUCCCCUGGGCCACAUGCCUCACUAGCCCUACUUCUCACACCCCUUGAGGGUAAUAAUAAUAAAAAAAUAUUAUUUAUACCUUGCCCAUCUGGAUUUUCCCAGCCACUCUGGACAGCUCCCAACAGAAUAUUAAAAACACGAUGAAAGCCUUCAGAUGUCUUCUAAAAGCCAGAUCGUUGUUUAUUUCCUUGACAUCUGAUGGGAAGGCACUCCACAGGGCGGGCGCCAAUGUAGGUCUUUCAGGACCGGUUUUAUAUGGUCUCGGCGGCCAGUCACCAGUCUAGCUGCUGCGUUCUGGAUUAGUUGGAAUGUGCCUUUGAACUCUGCUAGUGCUUCUUGCUUGCCUAGAAGGAGGAUGGAGAGUGGUGUGAAAGUACGUCUAGAAACUAGCCUGCUAAUUAGGUAAAAAAUGCACCUGUUACUCGACCCAUUUUUCUCUCUGGAUCCUCUCACAACUGGAAUGGGCACACCCCCAGGCUACCCAGAAAGGAAUGUUAGCCCACUUUUGCUAUAUUCAUUCAGGGGGCAGGGUGGAUUCUGCACAGUGGGGAAGCAGAACUUUAUUCUUUCUUUCUCCUCCGUCCUAAAACCUUCCAAUAUACAAUGGGAAGGCCUUAAUCUCAUAAUGGCCACCUGCUCCUUCCCUCCAGGAUAUUGUAAAUUUGUUACAGACUCAAGUAAGCCAGUUCUCUCACACACCUUACUUUCCUUUAAUGUAUGAAUUCAUCAUUUAGUCAAGGUACGGUACAAGGUACCUUGGCUAAACUCCCAAGCAACUUGUGAUGAACCUCCGGGUAUUUUGGACUAGUCCCUUUUUGUGUGAAAACAUUUAGCUUCUUAUUUGCAUUCUUUAGGUAAUAAGUCCUGAGAAAUAUGAAAUAAAGUGUGCAGGACAAGAAGCAUCCAUCAUUUUGAAUUCCUGUGUGGAACCUAAAAUGCAAGUGACCAUCACGUUGACAUCACCAGUGAUUCGGGAAGAGAACAUGAGGGAUGGAGGUUCGGAAUCUGUUAAAAAAUGCUCUAUUUUAAUUGGCUUAAUCAUUCUGUCAUAAACGGCAUUAAAUCCUGGAAGGCAACAUGCUGGCAUGUGAUACACAUUUAAUGGCAAUUCAUAAAUCAAGCAGUCUUGUUGUUUUUCCAAAACCUAUUUUAGACUUAUUCACUGCAACCAACAACCUCAGAUUUCUGGAAAAUGUAGGUGUUUUUUUUUUAAAUGUGCAAACCUGUCUUUCUUUGGAAAAAAUAAAUGUUUAUGACUCAAAUACCUGCAAGCUGAUAAUCAAGAAGGCUUCCUCCCUAAGGGAGAAACUACACCAGUGCUGCAAAAAAAAUAUUGUAUGUUUGAAACUGGAUCAGUCUUAGCCUUUACUUAUAUGGCACUUAGUUAAUUUUUAAGUUCAAAGUGAUUCUGGCUUUGCUUGGAGCAAGAUGUGUAUUUUUUUCCAGUUUUUUGAGGUUGGUUUCUGGCAUGCAGUAUAAGACAAAGAGCUCCUAAUAUUGAGGUUGGAGUGUCUUAAUUAAGCAGUACAUAUGCAGUGUGUUUAUAGUAAAGAGUGAUAGCUGAGUUCAGUUAAGUAGAUGUUGGAACUUUAAAACUCAAUAUGUAUUUAUGACCUGUGCGAUCCUACUGGUGCCAGCAGUGUUGCUUUAGGGUCUCUUCUAUAAUUCUUUGAAAGCUACAAAUGUUUUUAAGCCAGCAAGCAUGAUAAUUUAAUGUUUGCAAUAUGUUGGCUCUAUUUAGAGGUCAGAUAAAAUGAACUUUGUUUUCUUUUGUCUUGUGUUGGUCAAAAUAAACUUUUUGCAGGCACAGUGGUAUUGCUGGCUAAGAAUCCAUAAGUAUAGGAAGUAAGGCUCUAUUUAAGUUCUUGUUAGUGUAGAGUGAGUGUGCUUGUGUACAUACAGCUGUGGAAUGCAUUCUUAGCGUUAUGCUUCCAAUAUUUGAAUAAUUGCUUAUGUUAUUUUUUAAAAGUAUAACUAUUCUAGAAGCAAGCUUUCUCAAAAAGCUUAUUUAAAAAAACAAAGCUUGAAUAUUAAUGUACAUAGGAUUUUUCUUCCUGGUUUUUAAAACACUGCUUAAAUUUACAUAAUACCAUUGGCUUUUAAAUUCUGAAAUAAUCACAGAUAACUUUGCUUGAUUGCCCUGAGUUCAGUUUAUUUAUUCAUCUCUACCAAACAACAGAAUGAAUGUCAGACAUCACAUUUGGUUAUAUGCAACCUGUAAAGAUUUGGCAAAAAAAGGAAAACAUGGAUAGAAAAUUGCACAACUAUUUUGAACACAAUCUUGAUGCCAUUUCACUGUGCCAGUUAAUUUCAUGAUCUGACUUCAAAAGAAAAUAAAGCUCCAUUUUUUUGUCUGACCCAAACAUUAAUUAGAGUUGCCAUUCUAAGUUUGAUAAUACUAAGUUUGAUAAUAUUAAUAGAGGAAAGCAAAGCUUUUAAAAUUUUUGAAUCAUUUCUUCCAAGACACUGAGCAGCUUAAAAUGAAUAUGUGAAAAAGUUUACCUCUGAAAUAUGUGGUUUAACUGCAAAUUGCAGUAAACAAGACUUUUAUAAAGAUCGUUGUUUAUGUGCUGCAAAAAAAAUGGUAUACUCUGAACUGCAGCUCUUAAUGCUCGGUGUCUUAACUUGGUUGAUGGAAUCUAGCUGGCUUUUGGGAGUUGAAUUCAGGUGGCAAGGAAGGCUUUGCUGGAAGAACCCAAUUUGAAGUAGAUGUAUUUCAUUUGCUGGUUGAAUAACAUCUUAUGUAAUCCUAUUCAGUUGCAAACUGAAGGGGAAGGAGAAGGUAAACACAAAACUGUUAACCAUGUAGGAUUUUUUUCUUUACAGUUUUGUGCACUUAACAGUUCAAUUUACAGAAUUUACUCCGGAUAUAAAGAUUCUGUAACCCAUGCUGUGGAAUGUGUUUCUUCAGCAAAGUGUAUAUGUUUAUGUUUUUUAUCCUUAGCUUACUAGCCCCGGUCCAAAGCCUUCUAGCAGAGACAAUUGAAUCCUGUCAGGGAUUGCUGCCAGGACAUCGGAAGGAUUUUUGACCAAGGUUUUCUAAAGCUCAAUGUCACACCUGCCAUAUUUUUGAGGGGGUUUGGUUGCAUAGUCCUAGCAUUUACUGUUACUUUUGUGUUUUGUCUUUUUUUCCCUUCUUGUCUUUGUCUCUCUCUUCUCUAGAAUUAAGCAGUGUUCACACUAGCUUUGAAACAGUUGACUGGGUAAUACUUAAUUCACACCUGGAAUUGAAAGCGCAUGUCAUACCUGUUAACUUUUUAAUAACGAAAUAGUGUGGACACAGCAUGUCUUAUUGAAGAUUAACCCCUUAUUUUUAGAAUACAAGAAAAAUAAUCUGCACUUUUAAAAAAAAAAGCUAUGGUUGAAGCUAAGAGGGCACACUUGAAUUCUGAUUCAUUUAAUUUUAGGACCAGUUUUUAAGGGGUUAAUCCACUUGGAGUCUUCAUGCAAAAAUCCACAUAUAGGAAAGUCUUUUAAAUGGAUAUCCAGCCCAGAUAAGCUCUCAAUUUCUAUAGCUGCUUCAGCAUCUUCUGAUGGCUUCAAGGUUGAUUUGUAAUGGGUACACUCUAUCUCCCACUGAGGUCAAUGACAAAUCUCAAGCUUAAUAGAGCUGGAUCACCCAUAAUCUUGCUUGUCAAUUGUAUAUGGGUCUCUGGAUCAUUGCAUCUUUUUUUUUUAAAAAAAGUAGUGCUUCGAAAUACAAGUGUUUUAAUACGAUUAUUUAAAUAAUAAUAAUCCAGGACUUUAGUGAUAAUUAAACUGAGUCAUUAACGCUAUUUUCUUGCAAGUAUUUUUUUGGAGAGUAUAAAUAGUUUUUAUGAAACAAAGCUUGCUCCCACAAGCUAUAUAAAGUAGAAUAAACUCUCCCUAUUUUGUCAGAAUUAUGAACUGAACUUUAAAUGUGUCAAUUAUCAAAUCGUACUGCUGACUUUGGCCUCAGUUGACUCUUUUCCCUUAAAUUUUCUGUCCUUUCACUUGAUACAUCUAUAAUCCUAAUGUCUUCUUUCAUUUGCUUUGAAAUCUCUCACUAAUGUGACUCAUUUUUCACUUCACUGUAUCUGUAUAGCCAUAAAAUUCACCAUGUUAAAAUGGCAUAAAUCCCAUUGCUAAAAUGUUUAAGACUUGUAUAUCCCACUGGUAAAAUAUUAAUAUAAGCAGAAUCAAAUGGAUUUCCUAUGAGAGGUGUACAAUUCAGGCAUAGCAUACUAAAUGAAAUUGAAAUAAUUCUGUGCACAGCGGAAGUGUAAUUUAUAUAAAAUCUGGCUUGCAUUCUCCUGACCUGUUUCUCUUCAUUGAUGGCUGACCUUCAAGCCAAAUCUGUUAAUAUCUUGGUUUACGUUCUUUUCCUAGUUGAUGUGUUCCAUGAGUCUUUGAUUUGCUGUUUUGAGUAUGUUUGCUUAAAUUAGACUACAUUUUAUUGUCCCAUCUGCUGAAUAAUCCAGGCAAAGUCUGGUUGCAUUCAACAUUUAUUUUAACAGCAAUUUUGUAUUGGCAGAAAAUUAAAAAAUAUCUAGAAAUACUCUUGGCUGCUCAGCAGGCAGUUACAACAUAUUUAGGAACAGUAAUUAUAACUGACACAAAAUCCUUGUUUGGAAAAUAAGAAUUUACCAGAUGCAGUGUUGUUCUUUCUAUCACACUGCUGUUGCUUCUGCUUUUCCUGGUUUUGAUUUUUCCUCUACUUCCUUCUCUUCAGACCCCUCUUUCUUGUUUUCUUCUGGUAUACCCCUGGAUGAAAUUGGGAUGGAUAUACACAGCAUGCACCUUGGUGCAAUAGGAGCCUAGAGGGUUUAAGAAAUACAAAAAUGUACAGGUGCUCUUGACUUGAAUUUUACAAAGUAUUUCACAUCCCUUCAGACUCCAUAAAACCAAAAAAUCUGGAUUGUUUCUAUAAGUAUAGUUUUACCUUGCCUUAAUGGGAGGUAUCCUAGUACAUCAUGGGUCUUGACUGCUCAGGAAGAAUUUUGACCCAUUAACUAGGACUAAGUCUGAGGUAGCAUGCGGCCAUUUUAAGUUGUCCCAACAAACACAGGGCACAAUCCACUGGGAAGUUGUUCUGCACAAGCACCAUUAAAAUGGAUGGGAACUUAACAGCAAUGCCCAUUCAGUUCAGUGGGGCCCACACAGAAGAACUUCACAAUAGAUUUUGCUCACAGUUUGUUGUAACUUUUGCUUCAUUCAAGUGGAUUUUUGUGUUCCUUCUGUCUUGUGUUUCCUGUGCUGGUGCACUGUGUCCAACCAUUCUUCCUUCAACAUUUUAAUUUUAGGGGAAAUUUAUUUUUCCAGAGGAUUUUUUUUUCACAAAUAGAUGGACAUAAAAAAAUAAGAUUGAGAGCUAACCUUGUAUUAUGCUCUUGAUUACCUUUUGUAUUGGGCUUAAUGACCACAUACAGAUUAAGGGAUUAUUACUACUGAAUACGAAUACAUUGGAGAUAGGGAUUGCAAUAUAAAUGGCACGUGUGACAUGGAAGCUAAUUUAAGGAAGUGUCUUGCUCACCUGGUCAAACACCCAUUCCUCACUGCAUUUUGCCAAUUCAAUCCAUUUUAGAUGUAACCUCGGGUAUGGUGAAAGACCCACCGGACGUCUUGGACAGGCAAAAAUGCCUUGACGCUCUGGCUGCUCUACGCCACGCUAAGUGGUUCCAGGUUCGGAACAUCAUUUUACUUUCUUCUUGUAGCCUUAUGAGAGAGAGUAGUUCAGUUGUUCGGUUGGAUGUUAAACUAUGCGGAAAAACUAAAGGUUGCCCAUAGUAAAUAUGUGUAUAUAUAUCUAUUAUGUGUACUCAUAUAUAAAAUUAAAUGACAUGGGGGAAAUUAAUUCAUCUUAGAAGAUCUGUAUAGAAGAACCGCUUUAUGCCGUUCUUGCCAAUUUGACGUCAACUUGUUUUUCUGGCCACCAAGAUAGCGAAGUUGAAAGCUUGACUCGCUUGGGGAAAUCGUAUGUUUUGUAUUGGUAAUGUGUUCCAUAAGGCUGCAGAGUAACUUUGCUUUAAAUAACAGAAUGUGUGUUUAAAGCUUUGUGUGUUAGAUGUAAGACUUUUACCCUUUAUUUCUUGAAGCUUAUUAAGUGUAGGGAAUGAAAGGUGAGAAACUAUUUGGUUUGGUGACUUUGCACUCCAGCAAAGGUACGACAGAGAAACCAAACAGAUUCCCAUAGCCUUUCAGUCUCUCUACUUGUUAGCUCUUUACUCCUGUAUUUCUAUUAUAGGAAGGUAAUUGUAUUUUCUGUACAAAUGAACCAAAGUGUGCAGGAAUUCAAGGGAUAUUAGUCUUGUAUAACCUGUGCACCUUGACUUCUCAAUUACUAACCUUGGCAUAAAAUGCUUCUGUAAAUGGAAGCUCCUGGAAUGUUUCAUGUGGCUUGUUUCUUUUCUGUGUCUGAGCUUCCAUUGAACAGUGGUGUUUUAGCUUCUCUAAGAGGCCUAUUUUCUAUUGGUGCUGGGAUUGAUUAACUUGAUUUUGUAUUGCCCUCAAGGCUAGAGCUAAUGGUCUGCAGUCGUGUGUCAUUAUCAUACGUAUUCUUCGUGAUCUCUGUCAGAGAGUUCCCACUUGGUCUGACUUUCCAAGCUGGGUAAGUGCUUCCUUUUUGUUUAUUUCAUUUAUGAAUGGUUUCCUAUGAAGCAUCUCUUAAGUCAUUUCACAAUGCAAUAAAACAAUUGCAUACAUAAAAGCAGUUGCAAAACCAAUACAGAUACUGACUAGGACAAUAAUCUGCUUAGUAGCCUUGUUGAAAGAGGGAAAUAUUCAACAGACACCAAAAUGACAAUAGAGAUUUCUGGUGCUCAUUUCUUUUAAAUGCUCCAUACUUAAUUUAUUUGAAGGCAUUCAUUUGUUUCAGAAGUGAGGGUAUCCAUAACAUCAGAACAAAGCAUAACAUUUUGAAAUACAUUUUCCUCUAAAGAACCAUGAUGUAGGGCUAACAUGUGUGAGAGAGCUUCUGAACCAGAAGGCCUCAUUCUCAUUUUUUAAACAAGAUUUACAUACCAUUUGAUUGUUGUGAAACUUAUAAGUGAUUUACAAGAAAUAGUAAAGUAUCGAUAAAAAUGAUUAAAAAGCCAAUUAAACAUUUAAUUGCCGAUUCUCUGUGUUCUCAGAAUUAUGCAUGAAAUUCUUUUGAAUAUCCUUGCAACUUUGGAAUUUGAUACUUCACUUAAGCAGCUAGAUUUAUUUUCUGGCCGUUGUGAUGCCUCAUAGCUUCAAUCCAAAGAGCUCCUUGUGCUUAUACAACACACACAUGUUGAUUACAUAAAUCUGUAUUUCCAGUAAUUUUGAUUUUAUCUUUUUAAGGCAUUUGGGCUAAAGAAGUGUAUUUCCCUUUUUAUAUGCACCGAUCCCACUGACACAAAAUAUUUGUGCCUGAUUUAGGGUGAUUCCUCCCUCCUCUAGUGCCCCCACUUUUUAUGAAGAGUCCUUGACCCUCUAGAUGCAGUUUAUGGGACAUUCAGCAAGGGGGGGAGGGAAUAUGAUACCUUAGGUACCUUAAGCCUAGUCACUUGGAUUUUCACAAGAGACACUCUUAGCACUGCUAUAUUCGCCUGUGGUCCAUCAUCUGUCAAUCUUCAGUAUGGCAGUAUCUGCACUUUUUGAAUGCACUCCCAAUGAACAUCAGGCAGGCGCCUACAGUAUUGUCAUUUAGGUGCCUGCUUAAAACUUAUUUGUUCACCCAGAAUUUCCUGGGUAAAUAGCUGUAUUGAUUUUGCACUUGUAAUAAUAAUAAUAAUAAUAAUGAUAAAUUUUAUAUUUUGUUCUUAAUGUUGGCAGUAUAGAAAUGCUUGCAAGUUAUUAAACAAGUUGGUUAAGCAAGCUUCCCUAUGCUUACACAACUAUUGGAUAUAGCCAACAUAUUUUAAAUUGCUAAUGCUGUCCUUCAGGGGCAAUUACAAAACAGUGCACAAAAUAAGUAUUAAUUUUGAAGAAUUUGAGGGGAGCCAGAUCUUUCUAAUGACUCUUGCAUUCCUUUUAUUUAUGAAAAUUUGCAAGGAGUGUGGGCCGUACAGAAGAUGUCCCUGUAAGCUCUGCAUCUAAUGCAAAACACAGGCCCUUCACCUGUGGAAUUCAGUGUUGUGCUAUGACAACCAUUCGGCCAGCAACAAGCAUUUCAGCUGUCCAGAUGGAACGAUCUCCUCCUCCACAGCCAUUUGCUCUUCUGGGGGUUCUCUUGACCCUGCAGAGCAAAUUAUGGAGGGAAAGCACUCUUGUACUAAUGGGAUUCCCUGUGCUGGCUUCCGCUAGCACACUGGGGUAGUUAAAUCCAGCCCAUGUUACUGAUAGGGCUCCACAGAUUCUUGCAAACCUUGGAUAUGAUCAUUCUUUAUGGUAACCACUGAGCUACUCCCAAGGCCCCUGGUAUGUGCAGAAGCCUUAGAAGAGCAGGGGGUGAGCCCCUUAUUUCCCAGUAAGCUUCAGAGAUCCUCUGAAGCUGUGAGUUUCUUGCUUGUUUUUUCUGAGCAUCUUCAAAGUCUGGUAUGAAGUGAGAGACAGUCAUUUAUCUCCGCCCAAGUUCUCUGCAGUGUGCAGAUUUGUAGUUUUGUUUUGUAUCACCAAGGCUAGGUGGUGGUAUCUGAUAAUCACAUAUAUACCCCUGACUAUUGAAACUGUAUGCAAAUAUUUGUGUGUGUUGCCUUUGGCUUGGAUUCUCAUUUCUUGUGAAUGGAACUUAGUUGAUGCUCCUGUUGGCAGAAGGGAGGCAAUGUUCACCAGUUUCCCUCUCCAGCCCCUUGCCCCCGCCAUCUGUUAUGGAGGGUCAGGGGGCUCUCUGGAAUGGCAUGGGACAUUGGAGAAUACAUGGGAAAGGGGAAAUUAGUGAAAAUCUGCAGAGGGGCAACUCGCAAUCCAAGCAUUUUUCAUAUUUUUGCAGCAGGACCCCAUUUUCAUGCCAAGAUUGCAUCUGAUUCCAGCCUGCAUUCAUUUCCUUGGUUCAUUUAUAGGUUAAGCACAUUUUUAAUGAAAAAACAACAACACUAGACUCUAUCGUGGCCUCCACUGAGAGAAACAUGGCAGUGUGAAUUGAUAUAGGCAACUCUUUUUUUAUUAAAAGGCUUUCUGCAGGUGUCAACAGUUGCUGUAUUGGUUUAAACUUGCUUAUAUUUUCUGAGCUGCAAAGUUUUAAGACUGUGUUAACAGACAGCCAUUGCUCAUAAAGUUAUCAUGUGCUACUUACCAGCUGGUGGCAUUCUACAUUUCGUGUUUUAAACUAAAGUGUGGAUAGUGGUUUAUUGUUACAUCUCUUUGCUUUAUUUAGGCAAUGGAAUUAUUAGUAGAGAAGGCAAUUAGCAGUGCUACUGGACCACAAAGCCCAGGAGAUGCCUUAAGAAGAGUGUUUGAGUGUAUAUCUUCAGGAAUUAUCCUUAAAGGUAAGUAGCAGUCAUAGUCUACACUUGAAAUACUGUAUUAAACUGAUUGGUUUGUCUACUUUACACAUUAUUUUGUUACAGUAUAGGAAGAAUGAAAUAAUACUAUCUUCAUGAAAUUAUUAAAAAGAAAAAAGAAAAUAAAGUUUACUUUUUUGUUUAUAGGUGGUCCUGGCCUUCUGGAUCCCUGUGAAAAAGAUCCUUUUGAUACACUUGCUUUAAUGACAGAUCAGCAACGAGAAGACAUUACUUCAAGUGCACAGGUAAUUAAAAGUUCUCAUAAAAUAGUUAAAUAUAGUGAAUAUCUGAUACACAAACUUCAAAAAAGAAAAAAGAACCUAAUCUGAAAAAUGAAUUUGCUUCCUAUAUGCUGUAGUUUAAUUUCAAUUUUCCAUUUUAAUUUUGUAUUAAACGUACUAGGCACUUACACCGAAGAACAUACACAAAAAUACAUCUUGAAGUAGAAAAGGGGGAAUCAUAUUAACAUUUCUUUCUCUCUCUCUCGCUCUCUCUCUAUGUGUGUGUGUGUGUGUGAGAGAGAGAGAGAGAGAGAGAGAGAGAGAGAGAGCCCCUCCACCAUAGCAGUAAUAACAACGCUGGCAGCAGAGUAACAGGGAAAAAAAACUAUACUCCCACCCAGUAACCAGCACAGCCCACCUCCCUAGUCCCUGUUGAUGCACCUGUUGGAGUAGAGGAAGAAUUACUAGGGUCUUUUACCAAUUUUACAAAUUACUGCUUUUCAUUUUAAAGGAUGUAAAGAAAAAGGAAAUGCUAUGUCAAAAUUAAUACCAAAUGCACUUUUUAAAAACUGCUUGAAGUAAUGAUAAAAAUCAGGAGCGAUAUUGAUAGUGGCUAGUCAGGGAGUUACAAUUCAGGGUAGCAUAUGGAAAGAGCCCAACCCAUGUUAUAGAUCAGGGUUGGAUAACCUUUUUGGCCAGUGGGACAGAUCUCUCUCUCUCUGCACCCUGCAGAUCAACAUUGACAGGUGCUUGGUUGGGGAGAUAGUUAUCAAGUGGGAUUGAACUCCCUAUGCAUCAGCUGAUGCACAACAUAUUCAUUCCUGCUUCCUGUAGGAUUUGGGUGCACCAGCACACCUGAUCUGGUUUACACACACAAACCAAGCAGGAUUGAACUCUGUGCUUCAGUCCUUUCCAACUGCAGUAUGCAGCCAUGUUUUUGCCUGCCCAACAACCAGUGUCACAUGUGAGCCACAUGUGGGGUAGCUGGAUGAAAAUGGUUUGAUAGGCCAAAUUUGGCCCAUGAGGCAGAAGUUCCCAUCACUCUUCUAGAUAGUUUCACUUCUGAAGGCAGAGGAAAUACAGCAUUUUGCAACAUAUCCUACACAGGGGACCAAUUUUGCUUCACUAUGCAACUAACAUUUUGUUUUCAAGGAACUUUCAGAAGCUAUAUCAUUAAUUGAAAUUCUGUAAAGCUGUAUGGUACAUACAGAAGAGUUUUAAAUACUCAUAUGUACGGUCUUGAAAGUGUCUUACUAAAAUGAACAUGCACCUAUUUUUAGAAGUUUAAAUAAUUCUGAUAACCUUUUUCCUCCUCCACAGUUUGCAUUGAGACUCCUUGCAUUCCGUCAAAUACACAAAGUUUUAGGAAUGGAUCCCUUGCCCCAGAUGAACCAGCGCUUCAAUAUUCACAACAAUCGUAAAAGGAGAAGGGACAGUGAUGGAGUUGAUGGCUUUGAAGCUGAGGGGAAGAAAGACAAGAAAGAUUAUGAUAACUUCUAA